GAUGAAGUGGGUUAGCUUUAACAUGUAUCUGCUAUCUUUUGUUCUCAUCUCCUCUUCUUUCUCCUUCUAUAUAUACACUCAAAACAACCAGCUGAUCUCCAACUCAAAUCUUUCGCAUAUUCUCUUUCAAGUACAAGCAUAUUUUACCAUUUCCAUAUUCAUAUCAAGAGCUCAAUCAAAUUGAGACAUGGGAAUUCGUUUGCCUUCGGUCCUCCUCAGCACCAAGCAAAUUCUCAAGAUGAAAACUGUUUCUACGAGAUGUCAAUCUGAUGUUCCCAAAGGCCAUAUUCCGGUAUAUGUUGGCGAAAACCAAAGAAAGCGGUUUUUGGUUCCUAUUUCUUACUUGAAUCAUCCUUCAUUUGUGCAUUUACUUAGUAGAGCUGAAGAAGAGUUUGGAUUCAGCCAUCCAACAGGAGGUUUGACCAUUCCCUGCAAAGAAGAAGCCUUCAUUGAUGUCACUUCGAGAUUGCAUAUUUCAUGAACGAUUGAGAACAUAGAGAAUAUACUCUUGACAGUUUUGACAACUUUUCUUUUCAUUUUUUGUCCAUAGAAGAUAGAGUUGAAUAUCAAUGUAAAGGGAACUUCAAUGUGUAAAGUGACACACAUGAGUUGCAAUG